AUGCCGGUGAAUCUAACACCGAACGCAAUUUCAUCCAUAAACGCCGGAGAUGUGAAUUCGAAGCCGCUGGUUCAGGUAUUAGACAUCAAGCUCAUCGGUAACACUCAGGAGCGGUACCGCUUUUUGCUCUCUGAUUCGGUGUUGACUCAGCACGCAAUGCUCGCGACUCAGCUCAAUGACCAAAUCAAGACCGGUCGGGUUCGCAAGGGAUCGGUUAUUCAGUUGGUCGAUUACAUCUGUAGUACGGUUCAAAAUCGCAAGAUCAUUGUUGUUUUAAACAUGGAAACUAUUAUCCCUGACUGUGAAAUAAUUGGGAACCCAAAGAUGUUCAGUGAAUCUGAUUCUCUAGUUAAAAAUUCGGUGCCUGAUAGCAACCCUGAGCACACAGUGUCGGCUGUCAACAAAAAUCUUAACACUCAAAAUUCGGGGCGUGGAAUGUCAACUACCAACAGUAAUUGGAGUGCUCAAAAUUCAGGUAUUUCUAAUAAUAUGCAGAGUUUACAGCCAACUGUUCAACCCCCAUACCAACCACCUCCAAAUUACAAAAACCAUGGGGCAAUCAUGAAGAAUGAGGCACCAGCACGCAUUAUUCCAAUUGCUGCUUUGAAUCCAUAUCAGGGUCGGUGGGCUAUCAAGGCCAGAGUAACUGCAAAAGGGGAUCUCCGCCGCUACAACAAUGCUAGGGGUGAUGGCAAGGUUUUCUCCUUUGACCUCCUUGAUUCUGAUGGAGGUGAAAUUCGAGUCACCUGCUUCAAUGCCGUUGUUGACCGCUUUUAUGAUGUUAUUGAGGUUGGGAAGGUCUAUGUGAUAUCCAAAGGUAGCUUAAAACCUGCACAGAAAAACUUCAACCAUCUGAAGAAUGAAUGGGAGAUAUUUUUGGAGACAACUCAACAGUGGAUCUUUGCCCAGAGGAAGAUGCUUCCAUUCCAAGACAACAGUUUUCAUUCAGACCUAUUAGUGAAAUUGAGAAUGCUGAAAGCAAUUUCAUACUAG